UGCUCUGUGACGAAGGGGAGAGAGACGUCACACAAAGAAAGAACCAAUCAGAUAUUAGCUGUUUGGAUUUAUGCCAGGGUCUUUUGGCUUGUUAGACUUUCGAACAGGUGGCUAGGGCCAGUUUUUUUUCCAAAAUAAAACUGUUGAGUGGAGAUGCCAUACACACCGUCUGGCUUUUUCUGUGACCGGUUGAUCCGGGAACGAGAAAGGAGGGACGGGGAAGGGUCCUUGAACAAGCCCAUCCGCUUUAACGGCCAGGACUACAACACACUGAAACAGGAGUACCUUCAGAGCAAGACUCCGUUUGAGGAUGAAACUUUCCCUGCCACAGUGGAGUCUCUGGGCUUCAAGGAGCUUGGACACAAGUCCAACAAGGUCAAGAACAUUGUCUGGAAGAGGCCCAAGGAAAUCUGUGAAAACCCUCAGUUCAUUGUCGGAGGAGCGAGUAGGACAGACAUCUGUCAGGGAGAUCUAGGUGAUUGCUGGUUGUUAGCUGCUAUUGCUUGCCUCACUCUGAAUGAGAAACUUCUCUAUCGAGUUGUUCCCCAGGAGCAAAGCUUCUCCGAGAACUAUGCCGGCAUAUUUCACUUCCAGUUCUGGCGUUAUGGUGACUGGGUCGAUGUCGUCAUUGACGACCGCGUCCCUACUUUCAAUAACCAGCUGGUCUUCACUAAGUCUGCUGAGAGAAACGAGUUUUGGAGUGCCCUGCUGGAGAAGGCCUAUGCCAAGCUGCAUGGCUCUUAUGAGGCCCUGAAGGGUGGGAACACCACGGAAGCCAUGGAGGAUUUCACUGGUGGAGUCACAGAGUUUUACGAGAUGAAGGAAGCUCCAAAAGAGCUAUAUAAGAUCAUGAAGAAAGCCCUGCAGAGAGGGACACUCAUGGGCUGCUCCAUUGAUUCCCUGGUUCCUGCUCGCUUUGAAACUCGCACAGUGACGGGACUUGUGAAGGGUCAUGCCUACUCCGUGACAGCGGUGGACGAGUGUAAACCCUCCCAGCACAAGGACGCUAAAGUUCGUCUGGUGCGUCUCAGGAAUCCAUGGGGUCAGGUGGAAUGGAACGGUCCCUGGAGUGACAACUCCAAAGAGUGGGCCACACUCUCUAAGGCUGAAAAAGAGAAAUUGCAGCACCAAAGCGCAGAGGAUGGAGAAUUCUGGAUGUCAUUUGAGGACUUCAAGAAGAAUUACACUAAGAUUGAGAUAUGUAACCUAACACCUGAUGCCCUUGAGGACGAUAAGAUCCACAAGUGGACAGUUUCUGUGAACGAGGGCCGCUGGGUGAGAGGCUGCUCUGCCGGAGGCUGCAGGAACUAUCCAGACACCUUCUGGACCAACCCUCAGUACCGACUUCGCCUGCUGGAGGAGGAUGACGAUCCGGAUGAUAAUGAGGUGGUCUGCACCUUCGUGGUGUCCCUGAUGCAAAAGAACCGUCGAAAAGAGCGAAAGAUGGGGGCCAACCUCUUUACCAUCGGAUUCGCCAUUUAUGAGGUGCCAAAGGAGAUGCACGGAAACAAGCAGCACAUGCAGAAAGAUUUCUUCUUGUUCAACUCCUCCAAGGCCCGCUCCAAGUCCUACAUCAACCUCCGGGAGGUGACGCAGCGCUUCCGCCUGAGCCCCGGCGAGUACGUCAUUGUGCCUUCCACGUACGAGCCGCACCAGGAGGGAGAGUUCAUCCUGCGAGUCUUCUCUGAAAAGAGGAACACCUCUGAGGAGAUAGAGAACAGAAUCGAGGCCGACCAUCCUGUGCCGGCUCCAGCCUCGGCGGGGGAAGAGAGCGAGGAGGACCAGCAGUUCCGGACUAUUUUUCAGGAGAUAGCCGGUGACGACAUGGAGAUCACAGCUAAUGAACUGAGAAAUGUUCUUAACAGGGUGAUCACCCAGCACAAGGACCUGAAUACUGAGGGCUUCAGCCUGGAGAGCUGCAGGAGCAUGAUUGCUCUGAUGGACGUAUCCUUUAUGGAUGGGACAGGUAGACUCAAUCUGCAGGAGUUCAGACAUCUGUGGAAUAAGAUCAAGCAGUGGCAGGGAAUCUUUAAGCAUUAUAAUGCCGAUCAGACCGGCAGCAUCAAUAGUUAUGAGAUGAGGAAUGCUGUUAAUGAUGCAGGCUUCCGUCUCAACAACCAGCUGUAUGACAUCAUCACCAUGCGCUACGCAAACGAGAACAUGAACAUCGACUUUGACAGCUUCAUCAGCUGUCUGGUUCGGCUCGAAGCCAUGUUCAGGGCCUUCCAAGCAUUUGACCAGGAUGGAGAUGGCACCAUCAGACUCAGCGCCCUGGAGUGGCUCCAGCUGACCAUGUACGCCUAGAAAGGUCCAUUUUGUCCCAGGUGAAUUCCACUCCCCAUGAGGAUCAGACCUGCCAGCCUUUACCUCAAUAUUCAGUGUGCCCGAAUGCCGUUAGCUUUCAUCCACCUCAUCUCACUUCCAGAAGCUCCGAACACGUCGUCCCGUUCUUUUUCCUCUGCCUUUGUUCUACCAUGAUCACCACAUCGAUCUCUUUCAGUUUUUGGCUUCGUUUGGAUUUCUUCCUUUAUCUUAAUUUAUGACAUCAUCACCGUUGUACUGUUCUUUUCUCAGGCAGCAAACACAAUCAACCUCUUUUUACUGUCACAAUACCUCACAGAGCGCCUCUCAUACAUCAUACUGUUUUCUUCUGUCUAUAAGCUAGCUGGAAGGAUUGUCCCCAUGCAUCUAACCCACAGACCUGGGCUUUAAAUUCCUAAAAUUCUCUCAAGGUUUUUUUUUUCAGUCAGUAAAAUGUUCCUUCCACCCGCAACUGAGCCAUGCUGCAUACAGCUCCAAACAUGGCUCUCCCUGUUGGAGAAACUCAGGCUUCCUCGGCGCCAGUCGGCAGGACUUCGCCCCCUGACAACUGUCCAGUCUUCUAGUUUUUAUUCUCUGCACGUGUUUGGACUUAAUCAAAGAUCAAAACAAGGAGCCAACGGGUCCUAAUCCAGACUCAGGCGUUGAAGUUCAAAUAUGGAUUUGAAAGAAUAUGGCUAAAGGGUUUAACUGCAGCUUUUUCUGUGAUUUUUUUCUUUUUCCCCUCCAUGAAGGUUUUGAUCAAAUGAGUGUACCACAUUUUUAAGCAUUUUAACCCAAUAAAUAUGUAGCUGUUGGUUUGACUGCGUUACCACCA